ACUUUGAUUGAGGCACUGGAUACGAAACACAGGGCUUAAAAUUUAAUGAUAAGAAGAUCGAUUAGUUAGCCGUAUGACGUUACAACAACAACAUUUAACAUGUAAGCCAAUGUGAAUACAUGCCAACGUCAUUAUCAGAAGGGGAGAAAUGUUGUGACUGUAAUGAGUGCUUAUCUACAGCUGGAUAUCUAAAAUGUUCAGCAGUGCUCGUGCGACACCUGAAAUUGGGACUAGGAGACUGCUCAAAGGUGGCAGUACAAAGUUUCUGUUGCCUGAAACAUCAGACAAACUGCAAUUCAAGAAAAAUGUUUUGAUUGGUUAUAGCGAUGUGUCAGUGGCUGGAAGUCGAGCCCUGCUUGGCCUCAAUAUGCGAGUAGAAUAUGAAGUUCUUCCCGUUCCACAGAUGAGUGGUUGUACCCCCUUGUGUGAGAGGUCAGAAGCCCCUGGGGUUAAGGAGCAGCACUUUCAGCCCCUACAGGUUCUACAGUGCAAAUAUGAGGAGUAUUCCUGUGUGAUUAUAAACACCAUUGUGCCGGCAGACAAGUGCCAACAUGUGGCCAACAAAAUCAUAGAUCUGUGUAUCGAAAGCAAGGUGAAGAAGGUGAUUUUGUUGACGACUCUGAAACUUGAUAAGAUACCAGACCACCAGCUGAAACCUUUGUAUGAAAGUACCUUCAACACGAAACCAGUCACAUCCAAACCAGCCCUACCACCAGAUACCAAGAUUUGUGAUCCCCUGUUAAGCACCCUUAUCCAGAUGAUACAGAUAGAGGCAAUCCCCUGUAACUGUCUUACUGUACCAGGCCACAGAGCAAUGGCGGGGAAAGCCAAUAUAUAUGAUGAGUCACAACAGGCAAUUUUGACAUUCCACAAAGUCUUGAAGAAAUGGUCACAUCUAGACUUCAGUGAUGAUAUAAGCCUGUCUUUAGUAUACAACAGUUUAGAAGUAGAAGACCAGUCAGCAAUGUCAACACUCAUGUACGGUUGAUUCAAGAUUGGAAAGCUUAAUAUUUAAUUGCAGAUAACUUGGAUCAUCAUAAAUUAAACUCACUUCAAAUUACUCUGUCUUUCAAAAAGAUUGAUAAUUUAGUUCCUAAUUUAAUGUCAUUGAUUAUGGAACCUUUAACUUAUGGUUCAGAUGUGUCACAUUUUUCAAUGCAUUAGUUUUUUAUUACGCUGUCGUCCAUCUGUCAUCUUUUCAGUUAAAAUAACUACUUGUCCAGAACUGCUGAUUGAAUUUUGACAAAAUUUGUUCUGGGGACCAAUUCAAGUUAUGUAUCAGGUUUCAUCUUAGUUUAAUAAUGUUUUUAAAGUGAAAUUUUGAAAUAAAGUA